CACAGAUCUAUGAACAUAGUCUCAAAAUGAGCUUGCGCCCACCACGAGCAAGCCCAUGAUCUACAACUCAGUGAUAUGCGCAAUAUUCAGUGUAUUAGCGGUCUUCGAACAAAGUGGUUCGUUUUCACGUCGCCACGCUUCUUCUGGACUUCCAUGACUUUAAACUAUUUUUGUGUCAGUCUUGGAAGGGCGUGUAGUUGUCUAGCUCAGUCCAGUAGCGAGCUAGUAAAGGGAGUGCCCUGAAGAAGAUAGGCCAAGUUCAGGUAUGGGUGGUGUCAUGGAGGAGGAGGUGGUGCGGGGGUGCUUGAGGAGGUUCCUAGAGGAUUUCCCUGCUCCGCUGGGUCCUGAAGACCCCCUGCCUCUCAACCCCCUCAGCAGGAAGGUCACCCUGGACGAACUAAGAGGAGAGAGCCUGGAUCUGGGCUUACGCCUACUCAACACCAGAGACGCUCCUUCAACACUGAAUGCAGCCAUGUGCCACGCAGCCUUGGCUGAGCUGCAGAAGGCUGACCUUUCACCUUUCCACCUCCCCCAGGAAACCGAACAGCAGCAAGGAGAGGAACAGGAAGUUGUUUUGCUCCAAUCGGAGCCCGUCCAGCGGCUGUUUCUCAAUAAGCUUCGAGAGGUGGGUGUGGCUUGGCAUCAGAAUCUCCCCUCCCCUCUCCCAAUAGGACCCUCCCGUUUCCUCAUGUGCUCCGCCCACGCCAUCAGGAACACUCGAAGGAAGAUGGAGGAUCGCCAUGUGACCCUCCCUGACUUCAACACACUCACUGGCCUCAAGGACGGUGUGGAGCGUGGUUACUAUGCUGUGUUUGACGGGCAUGGCGGCGUGGACGCUGCUAUCUAUGCUGCCACCCACCUGCACGUCACUCUCAGCCAGCAGGAGGAGCUGCAGAGCGACCCGGCCACUGCCUUCAAGACAGCCUUCACUCGCACUGAUGAUAUGUUGAGAGGGAAAGCCAAGAGAGAGCGUCUUCGCAGCGGCAGUACAGGCCUGGCGGUGCUGCUGCAAGGGGAAUGGCUUCAUGUGGCGUGGCUGGGAGACUCCCAGAGCAUGCUGGUCCGACGGGGACAAGACAUCACUCUGAUGGACCCACACAAGCCUGACAGAGAGGAUGAGAAGCAGCGUGUAGAAGGCCUGGGUGGAUGCAUCGUCUUCAUGGGCUGUUGGCGUGUCAAUGGAACCUACGCCGUCUCUAGGGCCAUAGGGGACUUUGACCAGAAGCCCUAUGUCUCUGGCGACGCUGACUGUUCCUCCACACGGCUACAUGGAGACGAGGACUACAUCCUCCUGGCCUGCGACGGUUUCUUCGACGUCGUCCGGCCCGCAGAGGUCCCGGCUCUGGUUCUCGGGGCGCUACGGGAGCAGGGGGAACCCCAGGGGGCCGUGGAGGGGGCCGGGUGUGAAGAGAUCUCAGAGGGUGUACUAGGGGAGCGAGUGGCCCAGGAGCUAGUAGCUCAUGCCAAGGCAGCGGGCUCUAGUGAUAACAUCACUGUCAUGGUGGUGUUUCUACGUCCUCCUGCACAGCUACUGCUCCAGGACCAGAGCAACAUUGCUGUUGCUACUGAGGGGCCAGCCCAGGAGUAGGGUAAAGUUGUCCCUAAGCACUGAUCUGGGAUAAGUUUUGUAUUAAUGGUUUGUAUUAAUGGUUAAGGUUAGAAUUCAGGGGAGGGGGGGGAUCACCGCUGAUCCUAGAUCUGUACCUAGGGGAAACUUCACCCCGGAGUGCCAGCCCAGGCCUCCAACUCCCAGAACACACAGGGGCAGUGAGACAGGAAGACUGCUGCUGUUACCCACAGUGCACGUGGGCAGGAAUUGGACUGGAUUUAAAAGGCAGUAUUUAUUAUGUAAUGACGUGACGGUGCCAAACUUCUCGGUCACUGCGUGUUGUGGUCAGCCUUUUGAAUCAACGCUGGUGCUGAAACAGAUAUUCAACUGGACUGGAGAAGCUCUGUUCAUAACAAAACAAGUCUUAGCACAGACUAAUAGUUUCUACUAUGGUUCUGCCAAUGGUCAGAAUCCAGUGUGCUUCAAUAAGGUCCCUCUGGAUUCGUCAGGAGAUGUAAUGCAGAGCUGCCCAACCCUCUUCCUGGAGAUCCUACUGUCAUCUAGGUUUUCAGUCCAACCCUCUUCCUGGAGAUCUACUGUCAUCUAGGUUUUCAGUUUAACCCUCUUCCUGGAGAUCUACUGUCCUGUAGGUUUUCAGUUUAACCCUCUUCCUGGAUAUCUACUGUCCUGUAGGUUCAGUCCAACCCUCUUCCUGGAGAUCUACUGUCCUGUGGGUUUUCAGUCCAACCCUCUUCCUGGAGAUCUACUGUCCUGUAGGUUUUCGGACUCCUCUUCCUGGAGAUCUACUGUCCUGUAGGUUUUCAGUCCAACCCUAAUUUAGCGGUUCUGAUUCAUUCAGCUAGUUAACGUCUUUGUUGAGCAGCUAAUUAGUAUAAUCAGGUGUGUUAAAUUAGGGUUGGACUGACAACCUACAGGACAGUAGAUCUCCAGGAAGAGGGUUGGACUGACAACCCACAGGGACGGUAGAUCUCCAGGAAGAGGGUUGGACUGACAACCUACAGGGACUGUAGAUCUCCAGGAAGAGGGUUGGACUGACAACCCACAGGGGCGGUAGAUCUCCAGGAAGAGGGUUGGACUGACAACCCACAGGGGCGGUAGAUCUCCAGGAAGAGGGUUGGACUGACAACCCACAGGGGCGGUAGAUCUCCAGGAAGAGGGUUGGACUGACAACCCACAGGGGCGGUAGAUCUCCAGGAAGAGGGUUGGACUGACAACCUACAGGACAGUAGAUCUCCAGGAAGAAGGUUGGACUGACAACCUACAGGGACGGUAGAUCUCCAGGAAGAAGGUUGGACUGACAACCUACAGGGAUGGUAGAUCUCCAGGAAGAGGGUUGGACUGACAACCUACAGGGACGGUAGAUCUCCAGGAAGAGGGUUGGACUGAAAACCCACAGGGACGGUAGAUCUCCAGGAAGAGGGUUGGACAGCCCUCAUAUAAGGGAUGUAGAACUCUGUUGGUGUCUCUAACAUACUCCCUCCAUUUCUCUUAGCGUCACCAAUUCUUUGGUAUCUCUGUUACAAGCUAAGGGAUAGAAUGCUGUCAUCCAUACCUCAGGCUUUAUUUCAGAAGGGUGUGAUAGAAUUAUUCAGUUUCCUAACAUCUUAGAUUAAAAGGGCUGAGAAGAUUCAUCCUCUUGGAUUGUUCUAAAACAAGAGGUAAACUAGAUGGGUCAUUUAUGUCAAUACCUCAAACCACUUUUACCCCUGUUGAUAUGAUGCGUGAUAUGUGCCAUUUUGCGUGUGUGUGUGUGUGCACGUGAACUGUACGCCAAGGUGUGUGUGCACUGUACUGUUCACACGUGUAAUGUGUAUUUCUGUCAUUUUAUUUUCUGCCUUAAACAUGAUGUCAAAACACUGUGUCCAGCAAGAACACAAGUAGUGUAACUUUCCCACCUAUAUCAGUAUUACGGACCAAUCAGCCUUCUGUCCAUGGAUAUUAAAUAUAUCCUGUCCUCACUUCUUCAAGGCACUAUCAGUGGUAAAAAUGUCUGGAUCGUGAUUUGGUUUUGAGGGUGAAAUCCAAGAUGGCCGCACUUCAGUUUUUUUGAGUCAGUGAGAGCCUACCGUGAGGGUUCGAGAAAGAGAGUUGGUUAAACCUCUUUAAGAACUUUUGUGCCAAAUGCAAUUAGUCUUUGCAGCUCUUUUUGUUUCUUGUUCUGUGAAACAGCACAAGAUGUGUGAAUUAGCAGUGUAUUCAUUCAUUAUCAGUGUUCCUGUGUGGUUUGUUUUUGGAGGAGUGUCUCUCUGUAGAUGUGGUGGUUGUCAGGUUGUAACAGUGCCUUCACUAGGUAUCUCUACUCACUUACAGGGCUAACACUAGCUGAUGGUUAGCUGAUUAUUUUAAUCAGGACAAAUAGAGUAGAGGGGGGGUAAUCAUGUCGCUUUCUACCUUUUUUGAUGUCUCCAAACUAACUCCUCACUCACAAACAGAUUUUGAAAUGAAUUUAAAAGCAAAAAAAAGAAGUGUUUUAUUGGAGUAGAGCUAUGUGUAUCUAACCCACUGGCUGUUUAACGUGUACACACACACACACAUAGUUCUGUAAUUCUCUGGACUUAGUUAGACAGUUUCCACUUCCUGUUUAAUACCACAGCUUUAUAAUCUUUAACGUCCUCAUACUCAUACCUAUAACCACUUGAUGUCAUUUAAACCUUUUAAAACUAUUUUGAGUGUUUUUACCACUUUAGGCCUACUGUCGUCGUCCUUGUUGAACUGUGUAUUAAAACAACAUUUCCUAAAUCAA